AUGUCAAUCUCAUCAAUAUACUCUUCUAUUGAAGAUGUUCCUCUUGUUUUAACUCCUCAAUUCAUGUCCUUGAAACCAAUAAAGUUGCCUGCCGAUUUCAAUCUUGAUAUACCUCAAUUGGGUCAUUAUGACUUUAAUCUUGAACGUAGUGUUAUUGCAGAAACUGAAAGGUAUAGAGAGGAAAUCAUCAAGUUGGCACAAAUACGCUCACAAAAACUUCAAGCUUUCCAGGAAGCACGACUACAAAAACAAAAAGAGGAAGCAAGAAAAAUUGCACCAGGAUUUUUAGAUACUGACCGAAGAAUGUUAACACCUGUACUGGUAAACAAUACUAAAAGAAGAUCUAGUCAUAUAGAGAAUGGAAAUGGUAUAAUUUUUGGCAGUGAAGAAAAUAAUGAUAAAAAUCAAAAAAAUCAUUUACGAUCUGCGUCAGAUGAUUUAUCUAAUCGUGUUGUGGUGUGUUUGAAAUCUAAAAGUGGUGAUGACGAUGAUGGUGACGAGACAAACUUCAAAAAACCAUUUGAUUAUUUAGAAUUUGAAGAACAACUUUCUAAAAAUAAUCAAAAGACUCCAAUUCAAGAUGAUAUUUCAAUUUUAAAGGAAGUAAUUAGAAAUUCCAUAUCAGUUUCAUCACCACCGUUAUCAAAAUCACCAUCUUCUUCUAAUCAUGGUAUUGCAUUGGGUCAACAAAUUGGUGGUGGUGGUAUCGCUGAACAAUUAGCAACGAAUUUAGCUUAUAUGCAAAUAUCUAAGAAUAAUUAUUCCAAUCAAUCAUUAAGUCCUGUAAAUAAUAGUAACAGUUAUAUUAACAGUAGUGGUGGUCUAGGACAAAUGUCACUUUCCGCACCUUCAUCUUUUCAUGAACGAAAAGUUUUAAAUCAAACAUCAAUUAUGCCCCCCAUUAGACCUCCAAAGGAAGUUAUCAAAUUAUCUUCACCAACUGAACAAGCAAUUAGUGCAUUGGAAAAAUACGAUUAUGAUGCACAAAAUGCAACAAAUUAUCUUUUAGACUUGCAAUGA